CACCAUUCAGGCUUCAGCCACACCUUUGACGGCGCACGGAGCGAACAGCGGCACAGGAGCAGGAGCGUCGUGCUCAUGUCCGGCGCGCAAGGAGCUCAGCCGAAGGAGGCCUUCACGGCGACCACCUACACGUCGGCGCCGCCUGCCACCGGCGGCAGCGCCCAGGAGCAGCGGCAGGCUCCGAGGACGGAGCUCCGUUCCGGCGAGGACGAGCGCGGGCUGCCCGUCAGGAAGCUGGAGGACACGGUCGAGGACGCUGCAGGCAAAGGCGGGCCGGUGUUUGGCGCCGGCAAGGAGGACGGCAAGCCCGACCUUGGCGUUACCGGCACCGGCGGGGAGUAGCCGUUGAUGCGCUCUGUUAACUUACUACCGUGUGAGCCAGUGAAAGUAUGUGCCAUGUAAAAACAGUGAUGGUGUACUUGAUCAUGUAAUAGUAACAGCAAUCGAGGGAAUAAUAAGAUGAAAGGCAGUUGACAUUAGCACGCAGUUGCUGAACAUCAGAUGCAUCGA